AUCUACAGUCAUUCUGUUUGAAUAACAAUAAAAUAACAAAACCGCUACAUGAGAAAUCGAGUCAAUAUCCAAUCUUGUAAAAAUAUGAACUUCAAACGCUCAUAAAAAUUGAAUUUAAUUUGCUUGUAGACAUUUUUUUUUUGAUAAAGGUGGACAAACUUAUGAUCAAUCUUGUAUUAAAUUUUCAAAUCUUAGAUUUAAAAAAAAAAUUUUUAUGAAUUUUCAACCCAAAAUAAUUUGCUAAUUUUCGUGAUUUUUCGGUAUUUUGUCAAUAUUUGAACUUUAAAUGCUUAUGAAAAAAAUUACGACUGAAUUUUUAAUUUUUUUUUAAUUUACCUCUUAAACAAUAUACUAGGAACCUUCUAUUAAACUUUCAAGCUUUUUUAAGCAACAAAUAACAUUUUAUUGAUAAUUAUAGAAAAAAAACCAAAAAAAAUGGAAACUGAAAAUGUCCGUAAACAGCUCAAAUUAAGUCAAAAUAUUCGGAAAAUGUUAUGAUGUAGGUAUAGAAAAUGCUAAUUUAAACAUUUAGUAAAAAUUUCAUGUAUUUACGGUCAUUUGUUUUAGAGUUACGCCAAAAACCAAAAUCGAUUUAAUAAAAGAUCGAUUUUGCGUAAAAAUUCCCGUUUUUCCUUAAAUUUUCUUUUGUUUUUUAUGGUGCUUUUGAAAAAUACUGGAAAAAUUUUACUUUUGAUCUCCCAAAGUACCAACUAGAUUCACUUUCCUAUUAUAAAAGAUACUGUUGAAGAAAAUCUAAGCACUUUUACUGUCCUAAAAGGUGAUGGCAGACACAAAAAAAAUAAAAAAAUAAUAAAAAAUAAAGAAAAAAAACACAUUGUAAAAUCACUACAUUCAUAGUUCCACUCAGAAUCUAAAAUGUAUAGGUACAUAUUUAUUUAAAUUAUUACUAACUUAAAUAUUAUGUAUUGAUUAUUAGUUUUUUCUGCAUUGUUCACUUACGUCACAAAGAUAAGAAAUGAGAGUAGGAGUAUAUAAAUAUUUAUUUCAUUCAGUUACAAAAUAUAAUCGUUAUUUGAAUUACAACAGUCAAACUAUAAACACUUCUUCUGAUAAACUAAAUUCUACAUAAUUUAUGAUUGUAAUGUUUUAAAAGUGUAUAUUUUUUUUUUAACAAUAAUUAUAGAGAGUAAAUUGUGAUAAAAUGACUUUAAAAACUUCUAGAGUGAAUGAAGACAAACCACUAUUAACUGGUACAGCUACACUCUACAACCAAAAUGGAAGUAAUUUUCUUUCUCCAUCUCCUAGAACAUUACCAGAUACAAACAUUUCUAGUGGUCCAAUGAAUGAAUCAUUGGAAAAAAAUGGUGCUAAUGGUGGAUCAGCAUCAGAUUAUAAUCCAUUGCUGAACCGACAAUUAGAAAAUCCGACAUCGAAUUUUGAUACCAUGAUACAUUUAUUAAAGGGAAAUAUUGGUACUGGAAUCUUAGCUAUGCCUGAUGCAUUCAGAAAUUCUGGUUGGGUUGUAGGUUUAGUAUGUACAGCACUUUUGGGAGCUGUUUGCACACAUUGUAUGCAUAUAUUGGUUCGGUGCUCUCAUGAAUUAUGUGUCAGAACACAAAGACCAUCUCUUUCAUUUCCUAAUGUCGCAGAAAUGGCUUUUGAAUAUGGACCACCCAAAUUACAAAAAUAUUCAUCAGCUGCUAGUAAAUUUAUUAAUACGUUCCUAGUUAUGACUCAACUGGGCUUUUGUUGUGUGUAUUUCUUGUUUGUGGCCACUAAUUUACAAGAGGUGAUAACUCAUUACUUUUCUGUUAAAAUGUCUGUUCAAUCAUACUUGCUUAUACUACUGGUGCCAAUGAUACUUUUGAAUUGUGUAAAGAGUCUAAAGUACCUGACUCCGGCAUCUUUUUUAGCAACCAUAUUAACUGUAAUUGGAUUAGGAAUAACAUUUUUCUACUUACUUCAAGGACUUCCAAAAACAUUAAGUGUCAAAGCUUUUUCUUCUUGGCAACAGUUACCCCUUUAUUUUGGAACUGCAGUUUACGCAUUUGAAGGCAUUGGAAUGGUUUUACCAUUGGAAAAUAACAUGAAAAAUCCAGAGUCUUUUGGUGGAAUGACUGGUGUUUUAAAUACUGGAAUGGUCAUUGUAACAUGUCUGUAUACGUCAAUUGGAUUUUUUGGAUACUUGCGAUAUGGAGAAGCUGUUAAAUUAGGAAGUAUUACCUUGAAUCUUCCUUCUGAAGAUUUGUUAGCCCAAAGUGUCCGGGCAGCAAUGGCAUUCUCAAUAUUUUUGUCUUAUGGUCUCCAAUUCUAUGUUCCAAUUGGUAUUGUAUGGCCUGCUUUAAAAGGAUAUUUUCAUUCACAGUCUAGCCAACGUAAUGCUGAAUUGAGUAUCAGAGUGUUUCUUGUCACACUAACAUUUGCUUUAGCAGCUGCCAUUCCAAACCUAUCAGCUAUCAUCUCAUUAGUGGGAUCAUUCAGCAGCUCAGCACUAGCUCUGAUCUUUCCACCUAUUAUUGAACUCAUGACAUUCUGGGAUCAUUGCUCUGGUAAAGAGUUCACGCUGAUGUUUGUUAAAGAUAUUAUUAUUAUUAUUAUCGGUUUUCUUGGAUUUGGUUUUGGAUCGUAUGCGAGUUUAUGGAAUAUCAUUGAGCCCAUAAGCAGUUAAUUUAGUAUUGGACAUAACAAUGCUUUAAGUAUCCACCAGUAUUUCAAUUAUUGAUCUUAAUAAUUUAUUGUCUUCCUAUAUCAAUUAUAGUUAUUAAUUUUUUUUUAUUAUAUGGAGUAGGAAAUUUUUUUUUUAGCAUAUAAGUUUAAGAUAGUCUUAAAAAACCAUUUUUUUUUCAAAUUUUUUUAUUUGAAAUGACAAUUGCAUAAUAUUUAACCUUAUAUCUAUGACAAUUUUUUUAACCCUAACAUUUUAUGGUAUCAAAAUGUAUUUUAAAUGGUAUUAAUUAUCAUCUACUAUUAUAUUUUUAAAGUAUAUUUUAAAUGUAAGACUCAACGAUUGAGUGUAUACAUUUUCAGUGCUUAAAAUUGUAUACUUUGUUUUCUUGUCUGUUUGAUUUUAAUAAAAUUUUUAAUAUGUCAUAACCAAACAUUUUACCUUAAACAAUAUAAUCUCACUUUUUUUACCACCUAUAUGUAUGUGAUUAUUAGUUUUAAUGCCUAGUUAUUGUUAAUUAAAAUGUUGAAUUGUUAUUAGACUAGGUAAAAUAAAUCAUAAGGCAUACAUUCCUAUGAAACCAAAUAUCUAUUGCUUAAUUAUUAUAAAUUU